UAUGGGACUUCCUGUUUCUGGAUGACGUCACAACCGAGUGAAUGUGCGAGAGAAAGAAAGGUCUCUGAUUCAGCUUCACUCGGUCAUCGGUGAAGAAGGAUGAACUCUAUAGAAACAAAGAUGGAAACGUGUAGUUCCAUUGAUGAUAGAUCUGAACGGAAAUUGGAUACUGAUGCCCAGAUUAAGUCUCUUCAGCCUGCCCCUCAGAAGAACUCGGAGCAAUACUUAAAGGACAGAGAUAGUUGUACCAAGUCUUUCGACAACUGGACAGAAUAUGACCAAAUCACUUUUGUGGAACAUUUGUUAUCACGCAUGUGUCAUUUUCAACAUGGACAAAUUAACAGUUUUCUGAAACCUAUGUUACAAAGAGAUUUUAUCACAGCACUACCAGCAAAAGGUCUUGACCAUGUGGCAGAGACCAUUCUUUCGUACCUGGACGCCAAGUCUCUGUGUGCAGCAGAGGCGGUGUGUAAGGAGUGGUACCGUGUGAUAUCGGAGGGCAUGUUAUGGAAGAAACUGAUCGAGAGAAUGGUGCGGACAGACACCCUCUGGAGGGGGCUGGCAGAGAGGAGAGGAUGGGCAGUGUAUUUGUUCAAGGGGAAAGCUGGAGAUACUCCAACAGACCACAAAUUUUAUAGAAACUUAUAUCCACAAAUUAUAGAAGAUAUAGAGAGAAUUGAAACAAACUGGAGGACCGGACGCCACACCCUCCAGAGAAUCCACUGUCGCAGCGAGACCAGUAAGGGGGUGUACUGUCUCCAGUAUGACGAGACCCGCAUCAUCAGCGGACUCAGAGACAACACAAUCAAAGUCUGGAAGUCCAAAAUGGAUUCUGAUUCGCAGAUGUGGGAUCGUAACACAUUGGAGUGUGUUCAAAUUCUAACUGGUCACACCGGUUCUGUGCUAUGCUUACAAUAUGAUGAAAACAUCAUUAUAUCAGGGUCCAGUGAUUCUACAGUCAGAGUGUGGGAUGUACACACGGGGGAGAUGUUGAACACACUGAUUCACCACUGUGAGGCGGUCCUACACUUGAGAUUCUGUGAUGGCAUUAUGGUCACUUGUUCAAAGGAUCGCAGCAUUGCUGUUUGGGACAUGCAGUCCCCCACAGAAAUUAAUUUACGCCGUGUGUUAGUGGGACAUCGUGCUGCCGUCAACGUAGUAGACUUUGAUGAGAAAUACAUAGUAUCCGCCUCAGGAGACCGGACAAUCAAGGUGUGGAGUACAUCAACUUGUGAAUUUGUGCGAACAUUAAAUGGACAUAAGCGUGGCAUUGCAUGUCUCCAGUACCGAGAUUGUCUUGUAGUCAGUGGCAGCUCAGACAACACUAUCAGGUUGUGGGACAUAGAGAGCGGAGCGUGUCUGCGGACUUUGGAGGGGCAUGAGGAACUGGUACGCUGUAUCAGAUUUGACAACAAACGAAUCGUCAGCGGAGCUUAUGAUGGUAAAAUCAAGGUGUGGGACCUAGCCGCGGCCCUGGACCCUCGAUCUCCUGCCGGCAGUCUAUGUUUACGGACACUAGUGGAGCAUUCUGGUCGAGUAUUCCGCCUACAGUUCGACGAGUUCCAGAUUGUCAGUAGUUCUCAUGAUGACACCAUUCUCAUUUGGGACUUUUUAAAUGUGCCAAUAGAAACUUCAUCUACGUCCAGCACCCGCUCUCCCACGCGGACCUACACUUAUGUGAACAAUUGAUCUCGUGGGGCGUCGCCCCUUACCCUUGUGUGUGUAUGUGUAUGUGUGGUGAGUGUUAAGGAGGGCGUGUGAGGAGACCUCCAGCAUUCCAGAGUCCACCCUCUGUAGAAACAAGGUUAUUAUGGUGUGUCAUCUCCAAUGUUUUGGAUUAGCUGUGUCAUUCAGCAUAGAUUAUCUCCCCUCUCCUCCGUCGCCAGGAAGUUGAGGACAGACGGAUAUCUCAUUGACUUCACGCUCCGCUUGAUGAUGAUUUCGUAACAUUUUAAUGUUUGUCCGAGUCCUUAGUGGUUUGAUUAUUUUUUCUUUUCAUAUUUUUCUUGAUUUAUGAAAAAAAUGGCUUUCGUACCAAAAUAAUUACACACAUUUGGAUUUCAGAUAUACCCCACAGAGGGACAUUUCAGCCGUUGUGGUUCUGCUUAAGCAGGAAUUUUGUAAAAUCUUGUGUCAGUUUGUAGAGCAAAUAUCUUAAUUAAGAUUGCAUUGCAUAACAUUUUCAGACUUGCUUUAAGAUAAAUUUUGGUGUACGAUGUUUUCAGUACUACCGGUAGUUUGUAUCUUGGUAUUGCCUUGUCUUUAUUGUGAUACAUAUAGAUUUGUGCAACUAGAGAUGCAUUUUAUGACAAUAAUUAUCAUUGUUUGAAGCAGAUAGCACAUUUAACAAUUUUGACAACAAAAUUUACUGUUCAAGAUUGAUGGGUAUUUCAGUACAUGUAUUAUAUGAAAGGAAUCAAUUGUACUUGAAUUAUGAAUGCAAGUUCAAAAAGCAUAAAUGUGAGUUGAUUAUUGGUCACCUGUGAUAAGAAAAAUAUUAAUCUGAGAAGUUAUGUGUCAAUUCAAGUCCAUAGUGCUUACCCUUUAAGGCAUUUCAAGGUUGAAUGCGUUUAGAACUUUUUGUGUUAUCUCUCUAAAGAAAAAAAAUAAUUAUUCACUUUUUUAACUAUUGAAGAGUAAACCUCUAAAUUUAUUUCUCUAUUAAAUGAAUAAUAGAUCUAUGUGAUUCUUGAAGAGAAAAUUUACUAUACAUUUCAAAGUGCUAAGCACAGGGCAUGUCUAUAAUGGAAGCAGACUUGGCAUAAAUCUGUUCAUUGAUUGUGUGUUAUUGAUAGGGUAGAUUCCUUUGUACUUUGUGAAUUACAUGUGUGUAUAAUUUCUGAUCUGUGUCUGUGUACCCCAGCUCAGUGAGUACCGUGUGUACGGCCUCAGGGUGGGGAUACACUCUCUGUGGUUCUGUGGUCCAUUACAGAGCGGUCGUGUACAGAGAUGGGUGGUGCAGCUGUGUGCCUAACUGUAAAUACUUGCAAUACGCCUCAUGUUUGUGAUGCAUUAUUUAUUCUAAAUAUAAGGGGGAUUCAUCCGAUUUUAUUCUUUUGUUGUAAUGGUCAAUACAAAGAUGUCAGAAUUUGAACAGGAAGUAUAGGAAUAAAUUCUAUUAAAUAUGAAAUUGAUGUAGCUUUUCUCACUUUAUUGUGUGUUUUAUCAUGUGAUAUAACGGCAGAAUAUUUUAAGCUUGUUUAUCAAUGGUCUUCUCUAAUGUUUCCUCAUAAACAAUAAAAUUGUUUACUUAUUGUUA